AAAUGGAUGAUCGAAAGUCAGAAAAAUUAAGUAGAGUGGAAUCAAAUUUAAGCUUUCAUGCUAAUAUUAACAAUACAAACCUUUUGAAUGAAACUUAAGAGUUAAUUCCUACUGCAUCAAAGCUACCUCCACAAGUACUAUGUGGUAUUUAUAUAUUAUGCUAAUUAUUACAACUAAUGAUUGGAUAUUCAUUAGUGUAAAAUAUUGAUGCAAUUACAAUUGCUACAUAAAGAUGCAUUGUAAAAGUAAUAAUGACUUUGAUGUACAUUCAAUUUUUCGACAAACGUCUUUUUCAGCUAGACUAAUCAUGUUUCAGAGUUAUAGCUGCUAUGGCAGGAUGUCAAGUUAUAGCUUCCUUAGUUGGAUUUUGGGCAAUGUAAUUACUUUUGUCAAUUAUUUAGGUAUUAUUUUCCAUUUUCAGAAAUAUGUGCUUUCCAUCAAUUAACUCCAGGUUAUAUUUAGGUGUUCAAUCAUUUUCUUUAUUAAGCAGGAAAUCAACUAAAUCUUGUAAUUUCUUUAAUGCAAACACUAUCAACUUUAUUAUUCGGUCAAAAUCUACUAUAUGUUUUCGUUUGCCUACUCCAACCGGUAUGUUUGGCAUUCUCUCAUGUAAUUAAAUUUCUGAUGAAUAAAUAACUUCCUUUUUUCACUUUGAUGCUUUACUAAAGUCUUUUUGGUUUACCAGUGUACAUUUUGCUAAAUCUUAUGGCUUAAGAAGUGUAAAAUAUUUUCUCAGGAGCAUAUUUUCUGUAAAUUAUUUAUCAUUACUUUUUAGAGAAAUUACAUUUAUGACUAUUUUAUAAAUGAUUGCUUAUGUUGCUUAAAAUGAAAUUUAAGCUUAAAAGACAAUUAAAAUGUGGAUUCUACCUGGAGCAGUCACAAUAUUAUCUUUAUUUGUUUAAUUAGGAUACCAUUAAGUUGACUUGAAUUAUGGUACUCUUUCUAUCAUUUUUAUUGUGUUUACAUCAAUUAACAAUGAGAAAUGA